GAGAGAGAGAUGUACCGAUGGGAGGAAAGUGAGACAGAGAGAACGCACGCGUGAGUGUUAGGAACUCUUUGCCAGGGAAGGAAAAAAAACUGUUACACAUAUUACUGGGGGAGUUGCUGAGGAGAGAAAGAGAGAGAGAGAGAAGAAAAAAAGGAAAGUAGAAGUUAGUGACUCAGAAGUAGUGAGGAAGAUAGUAAUAAACUGAGAGGGAGGAAAGCAGGGGGAGGAAGGUAUAAUUACAGAGAGAGAGAAAGCGAGAGGGUACACACAGUGAAGACAGAGAGAGAGAGAGAGAGAGAGAGAAAGAGGGAGAGAGAAAGAGUCAGAGAACUGUCUAACCCUGCCCACUUUCCACAAAACCAUUCAACUCCGGCACAGUGAGCUGCACUCUGUCAGCUUUCUCCACAGCUCCGCACCUCUGCUGUCCGAAGCUCGGCAGGACCACAACCGGAACCAGGACCGUCAGGACCGUCAGGACCACGGCCAGCGCCACAAGCAGGACCCAGGACCAGGACCCAGGACUAAAGCCAGAGCAGAACCAGCUCCAACACAGCCGGACCCGAACCUCCGGAGCAGAAUCUAUUCACUGUCCGGGACGCUCCUGUCCAGGACCGCCUGUCGACUGACCCCUUCUUCUUGUCGCCAUGGCCGCUUCUCUCAGAUAAGGAUUAUUUUAGCCUUCACGCCUCUUAUUUCCCGCCUGCUCAGUUCUUGAACAGGCUGGACGGCCGCUUGUCCACUGCUGCUGCUGGCAGCCGAGCCGGCCGAGCAAGCUCCGGGACGUGUCAGUCGUGAGAUUGUUCUCCUCUUUUUGUCCCGUGCCCAGGAUGUCCUCCUCCUCCUCCUCCUCCUCCUCCUCCUCCCUCGCCCUGACACUGACCCUGCUGCUCCUGCUGUCCGGCUGCUUAACCAGCCGCUGCUCCCCAACGCCUGCGGGACCAGAGAGCCAGACCCAGCAGCAGCAGCAGCAGGAGCCUCAGCCUGGGUCCCAGGACACAGAACAGAGGGACAGCCCAGCUACCCCAUGCCCGUCCUGUGCUCUUGCCCAGUUACAGCAAGACCCAGUGGCCUCAGAGCCCGGCAUGGUGGAGGCGGUGAAGAGGCACAUUCUCAACAUGCUGCACCUGAGCGCGCGGCCCAACAUUAGCCACCCGGUGCCCCGUGCCGCCCUGCUCAACGCCCUGCGCAAGCUGCACAUGGGUCGCGUGGCCCGGGACGGCACGGUGGAGAUUGAAGAGGAGGGAGAGGAGACCGGAGAGCAUGAGGAUGAGCAGCCCUCCGAAAUCAUCACCUUUGCAGAGCCAGGAGAUGCCCCUGACGUUGUGAAAUUUGACAUUUCCAAGGAAAAUGGUGCGCUGUCCCUGGUGGAGCAGGCCAACGUAUGGCUGUUUCUGAAGCUGGCCAAGGGCAUUCGCGGCAAGGGCAAGGUGUCUUUGCAGCUUCUGCAGGCCAGACGCCCCGGUUCCGACCCGAGUCCGGAUAACCAGGAGCAAGAACAGGUGGUGUCUGAGAAGACGGUGGACGCCCGCCGCAGUGGCUGGCACACUCUGCCCGUGGGACGCAGUGUCCAGGAGCUACUGGACAGGGGGGGCAACACUGAGCUCCGGCUAAGGGUGUCCUGCCCUCUGUGUGCUGGUGCCGGAGCCAUUCCCAUCAUCUCCUCAGGGGACGGGAAAGAGAAAGAACAGUCGCACCGACCCUUCCUGAUGGUGGCGCUCCGGCCAGCAGAGGACCACCCGCUCCACCGGCGCAACAAGCGCGGCCUGGAGUGUGACGGCAAGAUCCGCACUUGCUGCAAGCGCCAGUUCUACGUCAACUUCAAGGACAUCGGCUGGAGCGACUGGAUCAUUGCGCCUUCUGGUUAUCACGCCAACUACUGCGAGGGCGAGUGCCCCAGCCAUGUGUCCAGCAUCACGGGCUCCGCCCUCUCUUUCCACUCCACCGUCAUCAACCACUACCGCAUGCGCGGCUACAGCCCUUUCACCAACAUCAAGUCGUGCUGCGUGCCAACACGCCUUCGUGCCAUGUCCAUGCUCUACUACAACGAAGAGCAGAAGAUCAUCAAAAAGGACAUUCAGAACAUGAUCGUAGAGGAGUGCGGCUGCUCAUAAAAGUCGAGAGAAACCUCUAACAAACCUUCUUCUUGGUGGACUAGCAGUCUGUGUCAGCCCACGAACGUUUCUCGAAACUGUCGUUUGUCUUUUGACUCAGACGAUUUAUCUUGUGGUUAUGUUUAUGGACCCAUCUAUUUGGGACUCUUGGUUUGAGUGAUCUCUCUGUGGCACUUUCAUAUAAAUGUAAAAAAGAAGACUUAAAAACGUAAUAUAUUUUUGUUAUCUGAAGUGGGGGGGUGUGAGGGAAUGGGUGCAUGGUCAAGAUAAAAAUGUCAUUCCAUGUUCUCUGCGCUGCAAUAAAGAGAAGCGUCUCGGAAGUAUGAACCCGAGAAAAACGAACUA